GGAAGUGAAAUGAGAACAGAAGUAGAUAGUAAGAGAGACGAUGUAGCGGUGAAAUAAGGUAAACGUAAUAAGACAAACAACAAAGCGUAAAAGCAGAGCAAGAACCAGAGUGAAAGUAAACCUGUAAUGUGGAGGAAACGGACAGUGAGCGCAGUGUAACCGUGACAACGAGACACGAGGACGGAUUUAAAGUGAUCAUAAAAUCGUCUCCAGACAGUCGUCGUUCGUCCAGUGGGCAGGAUUAAUGCACCUGUAAGCUGAUUUGUCAAACGCCAUCAAGCCCCAAAGAAGAACGGAGGAGGACAGCACUACUGUGGUAGAGGAGCGGUGUGUGUGCAGACAUGGCUGCUGUUGAUGAAGCGGACUGAACUUAGAGGAGAGACACAAACUAAAGUAUCCAUCCCCUCAUGUCAGUGUGGAUCUGAUACCAGCGUCUGUAUCGCUUUUAUCGAUGCUUGUAUCAAUCCGUCCAGCCUGAGUUGAAGCAGCAAUGAGUUCAGUUCAGUAUCUGAGAGAGUUCAUCAAGGAGAGACUAACUGCUGUUGGUGAAGAAAUCUUCUCAGAGGUUGAAAAAACCAUCGUCCAGUAUGAGGAGGAGAUCAACCGUCAGCACAGACUGCUGGAUAUCAGCCGGAAACCCAACAGAAACUCACACAUCAUAGACCUCCCACAACAACAUGACUGUGAGGAAGAGGAGGGUCUGGAUGAGCAGCAGGUCUGUAACCAGGAGAGGAACUCCAAUCUGGACCAGGAGGACCCAGAGCCUCCACAGAUUAAAGAGGAACAGGAGGAACUCUGCAGCAGUCAGGAGGGAGAGCAGCUUGGACUGAUGGAGACCAUCUGGAAACCUGUGAUAAAGUUACACAGAAUAGAUGUCCUAUGCCAACAUGCUAUUGAGGAAGAAGAGGCUCUUACAGAACAGCAGGUCUUUAACCAGGAGAGGAACUCUAGUCUGGACCAGGAGGACCCAGAGCCCCCACAGAUUAAAGAGGAACAGGAGAAACUCUGCAGAAGUCAGGAGGGAGACCAGCUUGGACUCAAGCAGGAGACUGUUACUUUUAUGGUGACACCCGCUUAUCAGGAAAGUUCCCACAGUGAACCAGAACCAAACAGUGAGCAGCUCCUUUCUCACAGCUCUCCUGAAGCAGAGAGCAGAUAUCAUGAAAAAAAUGGGCAUGUGGACUCAGGAUCUACUAGAAAUACAAAGCUGAAGAAGAGACGUCACAGAAAGAGAGUAGACAACAGUCCUUUGUCAGUGAGUGAAAGUAGAACGGACACUAAGAACAAGUCUGUACAAUGUGACGUGUGUGGAAAAACUUUACAGAAUAAAUACAAAAUGACUACACAUCUAAGAGUUCACACAGGUGAGAAACCAUAUACUUGUAGCACCUGUGGGAAAAGAUUUUCUAACAAAAGUAAUUGGGAAAGUCAUCUAAAAGUUCACACAGGUGAGAAGCCAUAUUUUUGUAGCACCUGUGGGAAAAGAUUUGCUGCAUCAUCUACGUUCAAAACACACACGAGAAUUCACACAGGUGAGAAGCCGUAUUAUUGUAGCACCUGUGGGAAAAGAUUUGCUGACUUAUCCACGUUCAAAAAACACACGAGAAUUCAUGCUGGUGAGAAGCCGUAUUCUUGUAGCACCUGUGGGAAAAGAUUUAUUCAGAAAUCAAAUUUGGAAUGUCAUGUAAGAAUUCACACAGGUGAGAAACCAUAUCCUUGUACCACAUGUGGGAAAAGAUUUGCUGACCCAUCAGCAUUCAAAGCACACAUGAGAAUUCACACAGGUGAGAAGCCGUAUUCUUGCAACACCUGUGGAAAAAGAUUUAUUCAGAAAUCAAAUUUGGAAUGUCAUAUAAGAACUCACACAGGUGAGAAACCGUAUCCUUGUAGCAUCUGUGGGGAAAGGUUUGUCCAGAGGAGAAAACUAAAGAAGCACAUGAGAAUUCAUAUGGGUUCAAAUGUUCAUACUAAGAUAAUGUGGGACAGCUGUGAGUCUUCGCUAAACACGUGAGUGAAAAGAUGAUCCAUAUUCAGGCCAUUAUUUUUCUGUCUAGAGCAGUAAAGAACUCUCAGCAUUGUUUGUUCAGUUUAUUACAUUAUUCUGUUAAUUGUAUCAGGGAAACUCUGAUCUUAUAUUUCAUGAAGGUUUAAGUUCAGUAUGCUCCUGUUCUGUUGGUUCAUUGUUUGGCUAUGUUGUUUAUUAUUACUGUUUUAUAUCCUAUAUUGGGACAAA